AUGCCUCGCCCAAACCUUCCGCCUACUCCACAGCCGUCGACCGACAUUACAGGCAAAAAUGCCGCCAACGCCCCUCAAUUGGAGAGCAGCUUCGACUUACCGCCUGCGGCCCUGGCUGGUAGAGGCAGUGUAGCUAGCUCCUCGGGUCCCUCCGAAAAUGCCUCAGACUCCUCAUACAGGCCGCCGUCGCCAUCGUCCCCGGUAGCGACGUCCAAGUCGAGCCAUUCGCGCAAGCGUUCCAGCAACGCAGCCCAGCACAGCGUUGUCACCAAGGACGACUAUUCUCUUCCUCCUCCGCCUACUCGGUCGCGGAAGAUCAUCCAGAUGAAGCCCAAGGAUACUCAAGAGUCACCCAAGGGUUCAGUGCAAUCGCAGAAUGUAAAGGCGACAAGCGCAACUGCCAAUGGCGGCAAGAAGAAGCAGGCGAGCAACACCACUGCCGCUGGGCGUAAAAUUGCACGAAAAACGGCACACAGCUUGAUUGAGCGAAGGAGACGGUCCAAGAUGAAUGAAGAAUUCGGCGUGUUGAAAGACAUGAUCCCGGCUUGUAGGGGCCAGGAAAUGCACAAGCUUGCCAUUCUGCAGGCAUCGAUUGAGUACAUGCGCUAUCUGGAGCAGUGUGUCUCGGAUCUCAAGACUGCAAACUCACGGCGCGACUCUCCAUCAUCCACUACAUCUUCACUGCCCCCGCCGCCUAUUAGACGAAUUCAAGACGAGGAUGAAGACGACCGGGAGCAGGACGAAGAAAUGGAAGACGCUGUAUCGCCUACCUACGUGGAGCAGCCCUCUCAGUCCAGGUACUCUUUCGCAAAUGCCUCGCCUGCAAUCUGCCCAUCAGAUCGAAGCGUAUAUACCCACUCCACCACCACAUCUCCGGCGAUCAUGCCCCACGAUCACAACGGGCACUACUCGGCAAACCCCUCCCCCGCGUUGCGACCAUCCGACCCACACCAUUACUCGCUUGCCCCAUCGUCCAGUCGCUCCACUGUAACUUCGCCAACUAUUCACCCUUCGCCUGCGUUUAGUGCUCAUACGCCAACUGCCACAUACUUCAGCAAUCCAUUUCAUACCGGCCCUCCCAGUACGGGGCCAGUCGCUGCUCCGGGCUCUUCACACGGAUCGGCCCAUUUCUCCCUCACAUCACCAGCACUCAAGCCGCAAGCCGACCGGGAAGAUCAAGAAGCUACCGAAGCCCUGAUGAUGCUAAACACGGAUCGCCGAAGUUGGAGCGGCGCAAGGGGUAUGAGUGUGAAAGACCUUCUUAGCGGAUAG